CGGUUGUCGUGUUCGCGACCGUAUGAAAUAUAUUGUUAUUUUUAGUGCUUUACACCGCGCUGAGGUAUUCAGACACUCAUUUUUUGGUCGCUCUGUAGAACGUUCGUUUGGUAACGUGGUCGUGCUGAGAUACGCUUACUAAAUGCACAGCUAGUAACCACCGCGAGGAUAGAAUUUGAUGUUAUCAAAUCCGCACGCGUUGGAUCGAUUAAUUGUUGUUUGCAAAUUCUCUUUAAAGUAGCACUCAAAAGAUGGCAAAAUUAAGAGAUGGUCUCCUGUUGGGCUGCGGUAAUCCGCUGUUAGACAUCUCAGCCAUUGUGGAUGAAAAGUUUCUAGCGAAGUAUGACAUGCUACCAAACAAUGCCAUCCUGGCCGAGGAAAAACAUAUGCCGAUCUACAAGGAGUUGAUUGAGAACUUCAACGCGGAAUUCAUCGCCGGGGGUAGCGUUCAAAACUCCUUUCGUGUGGCGCAAUGGAUUUUACAGCGGCCGAACGUUUUCGUUUUCUUUGGCUGUGUCGGGAAGGACCGCUAUUCGGAGAUCCUUUCACAGAAAGCAAUUAGCGAUGGGGUGAACGUGCAAUAUCAGUUCUGUGCGGAUACUCCAACCGGCACGUGCGCCGUUUUGGUCACCAACACUCAGCGCAGUUUGUGUGCUAAUUUAGCAGCCGCCAACAAUUUUACGGUUGAACACCUGAAGACAUCGAGCAGCGAAUCGUUUCUGCAGAAUGCCGACUAUUUCUAUAUAUCCGGGUUCUUCCUGACAGUGAGCAUUGAAAGCAUUCUGACGGUAGCACGGCAAGCUCUGUCGCGAAAUCGACCAUUCAUGAUGAACCUCAGUGCGCCGUUCAUUCCACAGUUCUUCAAGGAUAAUCUCGACCAAGCUUUGCCGUACGUCGAUAUUUUGUUUGGGAACGAAACAGAAGCCCUAGCUUUUGCCGAACAGCAAAAAUUGGGUACUGAAGAUCUGAAACAAAUUGGCCUUAAAAUUUCCAACCUGCCGAAGCUGAAUGCGGAACGACCCCGUAUCGUAAUUAUCACCCAAGGCAGUGAUCCGGUUUUACUGAUACAGGAAGGUAAGGUGACCGAAUUCCCGGUGGACAAACUCGAACGGGGACAGAUCGUUGAUACGAAUGGCGCGGGAGACGCUUUCGUCGGUGGCUUCCUGGCUCAGCUAGUUCAGGAGCGAAACUACGCGACCUGCAUCAAGUGUGGUAUCUGGACUGCACGCCAAAUUAUCCAAAGAUCUGGCUGUACCUUCGAGGGUGUACCCGAUUUUAAAGUAUAG